CAAAAAUUCCAAGAGUCCAGGACCACAUAUUUAAACUUUUAGACUGCCCUUUCAAAAUUUUCAGAAGCCACAGCCGGAAGCAGAAGCCCGAAUUGAAUGGAGAAUAGCCACCGCCAUCAGCACCGCGGCAGCGGCAGCAAAUGGAUAGCGGCGGUGGCGAGCAUAUGGAUACAGUGCAGCUGCGGAGCAUCGUACGCCUUCGGAAUCUACUCACCAAUCCUAAAAUCAAGCCAAGGCUACGAUCAAGCCACGUUGGACACCGUGUCAGUGUUCAAGGACAUCGGGGCCAACGUCGGGAUCAUCUCCGGAUUCCUUUACUCCGCCGUGGUACCCGACCGGAGAGGGAGAGGGCAAGGGCGGAGCUGGUUACGGCAGCCCUGGGUGGUGAUCCUGGCGGGCGUAAUCCAAUGCUUUUUGGGCUACAUCAUGAUGUGGGCUUCGGUGACCGGAAUCAUUGACCGGCCGGGGGUGGGAUUGAUGUGUUUGUUCAUGUUCUUAGCAGCUCACGCUCAGACUUUCUUCAACACCGCUAACGUCGUAACCGCUGUUCACAACUUUCAGGAUUACAGUGGGACCAUUGUUGGUAUCAUGAAGGGAUUUUUAGGUUUGAGCGGAGCAGUAGUAAUUCAAGUGUACGACACUUUGUUUGAAGGCAAUCCUAGCACCUUCUUGUUAAUCCUCGCGCUGCUUCCUGCUCUCAUUUCCAUCUUGCUUAUGUGGUUGGUCAAGAUUGAUGCAGCACGCACCAAAGAUGAGAAGAAAUAUUUGAAUGGUUUCUCUGUAGUUUCCCUUGUCGUUGCUGCCUACCUUAUGAUCCUAAUAAUCUUGGAAAAUGCCAUCACUUUGCCACUAUGGUCUCGAAUCAUUACCUUUCUUGUUCUCCUGUCUCUGCUGUCUUCGCCCCUUGGCGUUGCAUGUAAAGCUCAGAGUGAUAGCUCGUUGAACCUCGCGUACUACACAUCGUCCGUUGGGACGACUCCUUUGAUGGAUGAGGCUGAGCCAAUUAAGCAGGAGACAACGUCGUCUCGAGCUGCAAAUCCCGUGGAUAUUCAUCCUGAUGAUGAUGAAGUUCAAAGCAAAUCCGGCUCUGAGGAUAUGCUCGACCUUGGAGCGGAGUUAAACCUCUUCCAAGCAAUGAGAACUGUCAACUUCUGGUUGCUGUUCGUUGCUAUGAUAUGUGGGAUGGGUUCAGGGCUGGCCACAAUAAACAACAUCAGCCAAAUAGGGCAAUCUCUUGGCUACUCCACUGUCGAGAGGAGUACUCUGGUUUCGUUGUGGAGCAUCUGGAACUUUUUAGGCCGCUUUGGAGCUGGAUAUGCAUCGGAUAUAUUCCUCCACAGAAGAGGCUGGGCAAGGCCUUUGCUCAUGGCUCUUACGCUAGCAGCCAUGACCGCUGGCCAUGUGGUUAUUGCUUCUGGAUUUUCUGGGAACUUGUUUAUCGGUUCAGUGUUAGUCGGCGUAUGCUAUGGCUCUCAAUGGUCCUUGAUGCCUACCAUUACCUCCGAGAUAUUUGGAGUACGACAUUUGGGUACCAUAUUCAACACGAUUGCCGUGGCCAGUCCUAUUGGAUCUUACGUCCUCUCCGUUAGAGUCAUUGGCUACAUUUAUGACAGACAUGCUGCAGGCGAAGAAAAUACAUGCUACGGCAAGUACUGCUUCAUGUCAUCUUUCUUCAUCUUGGCAUCUGUUACUGUCCUCGGAUUCCUCGUUGCACUGGCACUAUUUUUCAGGACGAGAAGGUUUUAUUCCCAGCUUGUGGUUCGAUGGUUGAGGCACACUGCAACCCGCUAGAGUUAGAUUCUUCUGUCUCGGGUAUUGGACAAGAAUCCCUGGUUCUUUGAAUUCUACUCAGGGAUUGGAGUGAAUAAUAUACGGAGUUGAGCAGGGCUUAGCAGCAGCCGAGUUUUGACUAAGGCUGUUUCAAUGAAUGUUUCUUGUACACAACCUUUAAGAGUUUCAAGAAUGGCUUACAGCAGCAAUUCGCCCGGCACUUCAACGUUUACAAUCAGGUUUGUGUGGCAAAUAUGUGAAUCCUCCACGCCUCUGUUUUCAUAGAAUCAUGUAUAUUUUUUCUCCUUUUUUCACAUUGAAUGGUUUUUUGUGGGUGAUAUUUUUUUUUUCUAUAUAUAAUUAAUGUAAUAUACUCCAAUUGUACUACACAUAUUUGUUGCAUUAAAGCAUUUUAUCCAGAAAUGUCUCACAAAGUUUACCUACUGUGCUUUU